AUGGACUGCCUCCUCCAGUUGUUCUUCACUCCUCUGCCAAUGCCGGCCAUCAUCUCUCUGAUGGCUCUGGCUGCUGCGACCUUGUUUUACCUCAACAACAGACCCAAUCCUGUCCGCUCACCUGCUGACCUCAACUGUCAGACCACGGGCAUCAAGGGAGGGGCGAGGAAGGCUGCCCUGAUGGAGAACAACAACCUGAUGUCGUACUACUACAGUGAGGCCAAAACCAUCUACGAGGUUUUCCAGAGGGGUCUGAAAGUUUCAGGCAAUGGUCCGUGCUUGGGCUACAGGAAAUCCGGUCGGCCAUACCAGUGGCUUCGAUACAAACAGGUGUCUGAUAGGGCAGAGCACCUGGGGUCAGGACUCCUCCACAGGGGGUUGCAACCCAACCCUGGGACAUUUAUUGGCAUCUUUGCUCAAAACAGACCCGAGUGGAUCAUUGGCGAGCUGGCCUGCUACACCUACUCCAUGGUAGCGGUCCCUCUGUACGACACCCUGGGUCCUGAGGCUCUGGUUUUCAUUAUCGACACAGCGGAUAUCACCACAGUGCUGUGUGACAACGACAAAAAGGUAGAGACGCUGCUGCAGAACAGGGAGAAGGGUCUGAUUUCGGCUUUGAAAACCAUCAUCGUGAUGGAUUCCUUCAGUUCUGACCUGGGGGAGCGAGGAACCAAGUGUGGAGUGGAUGUCGUGGCCCUGCAGGAUGUGGAGGCUGUCGGUAAAGCGAAUCCCCGCACUCCUAUUCCGCCAAAGCCUGAAGACCUGAGUAUCAUUUGCUUCACCAGUGGAACCACAGGGAAUCCCAAAGGAGCGAUGCUGACUCAUGAGAACGUUGUUGCCGACGCUGCAGGUGUCAUCAAAAGCUUUGAGACGUCGGUGGAACCCACGACUGAUGAUGUCAGCAUUUCAUUUCUGCCUCUGGCUCACAUGUUCGAGAGAGUCGUGCAGGUGGUGAUGUAUGGUGCUGGAGCCAAAGUGGGCUUCUUCCAAGGCGACAUUCGACUUCUCCCAGAUGACAUGAAGACCUUGCAGCCCACCAUCUUCCCUGUGGUGCCUCGACUCCUCAACAGAGUUUACGACAAAGUUCAGAGUGGAGCCAAGUCACCCUUCAAGAAGUGGCUCCUCAACUUUGCUGUGGAGAGAAAAUAUGCUGAAGUCCGAGAUGGAAUCAUCAGGAAAAACAGCAUCUGGGACAAACUCAUCUUCAACAAAGUCCAGGAGUCUUUCGGUGGCCGAGUCAGGGUCAUGGUGACUGGAGCUGCGCCGAUCUCUCCCUCAGUCCUCAACUUCCUCAGAGCAGCGCUGGGUUGCCAGAUCUUUGAAGGCUACGGUCAAACUGAGUGUACAGCUGGCUGCACCUUCACCAUGCCUGGGGAUGCCACACCAGGACAUGUUGGGGCUCCUCUGCCUUGCAACUUUGUGAAGCUGGUGGACGUCGAGGAGAUGAAUUAUUUUGCCUCAAACGGAGAAGGAGAGGUCUGCAUCAAGGGCAGGAACGUGUUCAAGGGGUACCUGAAGGACCCGGAGAAGACCGCCGAGGCUUUGGACAAAGAUGGCUGGCUCCACACUGGAGACAUUGGGAAGUGGCUUCCGAGUGGAGUUCUGAAGAUCAUCGACCGCAAGAAGAACAUCUUCAAGUUGGCUCAGGGAGAGUACAUCGCUCCAGAGAAGAUCGAGAACGUGUACGUGCGCAGUGGCCCGGUGGCCCAGGUCUUCGUCCAUGGAGACAGUCUGCAGUCCUGCCUGGUAGCUAUCGUGGUUCCUGACUCUGAGGUGCUGCCAGAGUUUGCCAAAGGUCUGGGAUGUUACGGGACAUUUGAGGAGCUCUGCAAAAACAAGGAAGUGAAGAAGGCCAUUCUCACUGACAUGAUCAGGCUGGGAAAAGAAUCUGGACUCAAGUCCUUUGAGCAGGUGAAAGAUUUGCACGUCCACCCUGAGCAGUUCACCAUCGAGAAUGGUCUGCUGACCCCGACACUGAAGGCGAAGAGGGCCGAGCUGAAAACACUCUUCCAGACUCAGAUUGACAGCCUGUACGCUAACAUCCAAUAA